GUCAUUACUCAUUAGUUAGUGGCUUAGUGCGAACAGGUCAAAAGGGUAUAUUUGUGGUGAGCAAAUUUACUCCCACCAAAUAGUGGUGCGCACAGCCUGCGCCGAUAUCGACUGUUUCCUUGGGCAAGAGGAAAAGUUUACAAUACAGUGAGCUUUCUACUUCUUUUGGAUAACCAGUUCUUUCCCCGAUCUAAAACCUCUAGUUUUCAAGCAUGAAUAUGGUGGAUUCAACGACUCCGACUCAAACCAGUUUGCUCGAUUCCCCGAACAAUUCUCAAAGAACAUUGUACCCCUAUGUAACAGGCACUUCAGUGGUUGGAAUAAAAUUCAAAGAUGGUGUACUAAUGGUUGCUGAUAUGGGAGGGUCUUAUGGAUCCACCUUGCGUUAUAAGAGUGUGGAGCGAUUGAAGCCUAUUGGGAAACACUCCAUUGUUGGUGCAAGUGGUGAGCUUAGUGAUUUCCAAGAGAUAUUGCGCUACCUUGAUGAGCUUAUCUUAUACGACAAUAUGUGGGACGAUGGAAACUCAUUGGGUCCCAAGGAAGUUCACAAUUAUCUUACGCGUGUAAUGUAUAACCGACGGAAUAAGUUCAAUCCUCUUUGGAAUUCCCUCAUCCUUGGUGGUGUGAAGAAUGGACAGAAGUUUCUAGGAACGGUAAAUAUGAUUGGUGUGCACUAUGAGGACAAUCAUGUGGCUACCGGAUUUGGGAAUCACCUUGCUCUGCCCAUUCUGCGUGAAGAAUGGAAUGAAAACAUGAGUUUUGAAGAAGGUGUCAAAUUGUUGGAGAAAUGUAUGCGUGUGCUUCUCUAUCGCGAUAGGUCUGCUGUGAACAAGAUCCAGAUUGUGAAAAUCACCGAAGAAGAGGGUGCGACCUCAUACCCGCCAUACUCGUUAAAGACAUAUUGGGGUUUCUCCGCUUUUGAGAAUCCAACAGCUGGUGCUGAAGGUUCAUGGUAGUCACCAGCUCUCAGAUGUGAAGAAUCAAAGCUGUAGUAGUGUGUUGGUUGAAGCAGUUCUUACAUUUACUGCCAUCUUUGUUUUCGCACUUAUUAUUAAUUAGUUGAUGUUAACUAAAAGCCUGACUGCUUGAGUGAAUUUGUGUUAUCUUGUUUCCCUUGUUUCUUCUCAUAUUUUGACUUGCUUCAAAAAUUUGUGCAUGGUUCUUAUUACCCACUUGAUAUUCUACAUUUCUACCCGUCUAAUUGCGGCACAGAGGUGGACAAGAUUCUUAAACCGGAUCAGAACCAGCCAACCGGGUGUCGCAGUACAGAAAGUAAAUUCUACCCAAGCCGUGUAGGAUGGACCUGGUUCAAGACCCAAGCGGGUGUCUGGACCUUGCACUCUGGCAGUACAGACGGUACAAUCCGGUUCUUAUUUUAGUUGUUUUUUUCCUCGAGUAAAAAGCAGAAUUCGUAUGAGAUGUGAACAAGAACCCGUUUGAGUCAGAACUGGAGUUAGUUAUAACAUGGUCAAGGUUCUGGUUUUCACACCCCCCCAUUCCAUAAUUGAUCUGUUCUGGUUACUCUGGUAUUGGAAUGGAUCUGGGCUUGGGCAUACCCGGUUUAAGGAAAUUGUUAAGUUCAUUGUUUUUAUGGGAAGUUUAGGCAUAUAUGAUUUUCGUGUGUUUAAUUUUGGGCAACUACUUUGUUCAACUUUAUGCACGUACUCUCAUGAAACAUUCUAUUUAUGGAAAAUUGUCAA